AUGCUGCAUGUUGAUAAAGUGGAUAGUCAUCAGGCGGAGAAGAUUCAUAUUACGGCUGAUGGAUUGGAGGAGUGGAGAUGUUAUACUUUUGUGUUGAGACUACAUUACGACCGGGGAACAUAUGCAUCGUUUUGUGUCAUUCAAUCAGAUUCAUUGGGAAUUAUUGACUUCGCAAGAGAUGCACCGGUCAGGGGAAUGUAUCAUGAUGUGGAUCCAAUGGGAUUGUUUCUUUCUCUCGAACCAACUCAAAGUGUCCGACCUGGGCAUUUUUUCAAGACUUAUGAUCCGAACACUUUCUAUUACACAUUACAACUUCUCAACGAUUCCGAAGAGAAAAUCGACGAAAUUCACUUGAAAAAACACUGGAAACACCCCCUUGUCACUCAAAUAAAUGUCGCUGAAAACGGAUUAUACGGGGCGUUAUUCAAGCCUCCAGGCCCUGGACCUUUUCCUUGUGUCGUAUUUAUUCCGGGGUCGAAUGGAAUGUUGGAGAGUGGAUAUGCUGCUGUUUUGGCUUCCGAGGGAUUCGUGACAUUCACUUUCGCUUAUUAUGCGUAUAAGAAGGAGUUACCGAGAAGUAUUCCAGAAGUGGAUAUUGAGUUUUUUGGGAGACCUAUCGAAUUCGUGCAAAACCUGCCCUACUGUAAUGGUAAAAUCGGUCUGAUCGGACAAUCCUUCGGAGGCCUCACUGCCAACUACCUUUCCACUAAAUAUCAUCAAGUUUCGGCAGUUGUUGCUCUGAAUUGUUCAGCUGCAUUCUGUCGGGAUAGUGCAGUGAUGAGAGAGAAUGGAAAGCCAAUGGACACUCAAUUACUGGAUGAAGGAAUGUCGGAUUUUGUAAAUGGAGUAUUGGUACAGAGACCUGCUUUCAAGAAUCUGUAUAGUAAAUUGACACCAACGACGAGUAUUCCAUGGUGGAGAGCGUCGAAGGAUACGGCGUAUAGGAUUGUGCAAUGCUACGACGACAUGCUUGUUGAUGGAGUCCCCUCUCGUGAUAAUAUUUGUCAGAAUCUCAGAGACACGGGUCAUCAAGUUGAGUCGGAACUAGUUCCCGGUGGUCACUUCCUCUACUUCCCGUAUUUUCCUCAUCACGGAAUCAUCUUCAACGCUCAAAUCAAUUUGAUGUGGGGAUUCGGAGGAGAGUGUUAUCAACACUCGAAGUCUCAGGAGACCACGUGGACAAAGAAUAUUGAAUUCUUUCGGAAACAUUUGGGUAGAGGAGCUGUGAUUCCUGAUUGGAAUAGGGAGAAGAAAGUGGUUUUGCCGAAGAGAAAGGAGAAGAAGAAGAGUGCGGCGAAUAAUAGUAAACUUUGA